AUGAACUAUGAACGAUCAUAUAACAAAAAGGGACUUUUAGAAAACAGUCGAAAUGUAAGAAGCUCUUAUGUGAAUAAAACAUACUCUUCUUUACCAAAGUAUGAUACUGACAAAGUGAAAUCAUCUGUCAAGUGUAGUUCAGUAGGACGACCUACAAACAAAGCAUCAGAAUUAAGGAUUCAAGCUUUCAAAAAAAAUAACACACCUAGACACCAGUCAGAUAUUGCAACGAACAAACAGUAUCCUAAAAGAAUUCCUUCUACAAGCUUACGAACUAAUUCUAAAUUAUACAGAAGUUUCUCAACGGAUACUCGUAAAGAAACCUCUAAACAGCCUUUAAGAAAUCAGAUUAAUCCAAAUAUGAAAGAAGCAAAUAAGAGUAAAAUUCCUAUCCAAAAUAUACUUGAUAUAGGCGCAUAUGCAAGGUCACCAAGUCAAAUAAAAAUUCCAUGUGAUAUUCCUUUGACAAAAUCUUUAAAAACUGGUGAUCAUGUUGAAGUGUUUAGUAGUGAAUUAAAAAAUCAGCCUAUUGAAAGAAGUGAUCCACAAUUUGAAGGAUAUGAAUGUAAUGGAUUUACAGUUUCAGGAAAAGGUGAAUACAUAGCCAGUCCAAUUCAACCAGAUAUGAGAAACAAAACUACUUCAUUGCCAUACCACCAUCGCAAUCAACAACAAAAUCAUCCAUCGUAUUCUAAUACAAAUUUACGUAGUCAAUCAACACCAUUAGUAAAAGAUGAAUGUCAGUGUAGUCAGUUAUCUAGACAAGGUAGUUUUAAAAUUAGUCAACUGCAUAAAGAAGUACAAACUUAUUCUUUAUCAGAAUGGAGACAAGGUAGUGAUAUUAAUAGUUGUACAUCACUAGAUACUAAUUUCUUCAAACAAACUACUGGUGAGCAUACAAAAGAGAGAACAAGUAUGCAUGAUAAGUGUGUUAGUACUCAUGAAGAGAAAAAGUCUUCUUCAUCGACUAUUUUUCAGAAAAUAAAGAAUGAUCUCACCUCCUUUGAUAAAGAUGAAUGUAAUCUAUCAAACAAAAGUAUUUCUUAUGAAUUUGAUGAAAUUUUAUCGAAAUCAAUUAACAAAAAGCAUAGUAUAAAAAAACAAAAUAUAAAACAUGAAGGCGGUAUAAAUAAAUCGAAUUCAGAAGAGUCAAGUUCAUAUACUCCUGCAUAUCGUAAAAAAAUUCAUAAACUUCUUACAUGCCUUCGUAGGCAUCCACUACCUAUGCAUAUAAAAUCGAAUAUUCUUAAUGAGAAAAAAGAAGACUCAACUAAUCUUUUCUCUCAUCAUGAUACUAAUCAAACACAGACAAAUUAUUCAGAUAAAAUGAAUAACCCAAAGUGUUCUGAUGAAGUAAACUCUAUGGAUAAUAAAGAUUUAAGAAAGGCUAAACAAUGCAAACAGACAUCAAUACGACAAAAAUUAAGAUGUCGUAGUAUAUUAGCACAUUAUGCAUUAACUUAUAAUCAUAUGCUAAGAAGACUAAAUCGACAAAUAACAGGAUUAUAUAAUCAACAUGAUCAAGGUGUUCAUGAAGUACAAAGAGAAUUUUAUACAAUUCGUAAACGUUUAACUGAUAUUUCCGAUCAAGUGGAUAAUAUCUGUCAUUGUUUAACUGAUCAUAAAAUAGUAUUAGAUACAUUAACAAGAGCUGUAGAGUCUAGUAAAUCAAUUUAUAAUUGUAAUAAUCGUUUAACUGAUAGUAAAUAUAACGAUUUAAAGAUUGAUAAUAAUGAUAAUGAUAACACUAAUAAGCAUUCUCCGACUAUAACAAUUAUUAAUAAUGCUGACGGUGAAACUGACUGGAUUGAUUCAGAUACUGGAGAUGAUCAUACAGAGAUUUGUACAGGACAAAGUAUUGGUACAAGUUUUAAAUAUUUGCCAACAGUAAGUAAAGAUAUUGAAAAAGUUGUCAAUGAUACAAUGAAGCAUAACAAAGGCAGUAAAACUAAUCUAUCAUCGGAAGAGUAUACAAUAAUAACAGAAAAUAAUUCAAAUAUAUCAAAUCAAUCGAAUAAUGUUUCAGAAAAUAAUAAAAAGCAUCAUGAAGAAAGUUGUACUUCAGUGACAUCAAAUAAUAAUAAUAAUACACAAAUUCUUGGUGUCAUAUCGUUAAACAAUAAUAAAACAGGUGAAUGUUCAAGUCAUGGAUACGAUUAUCAUGAUAUUGACAGUCAAACUGAAAUACUUAUCAAUAAAGAUAUCAUUUCUAGUAAUUCACCGACUUCAUCACCGCCUACGCUUACUUAUAUGCAACAAAAUAAUACUGAUGAGAAUAGAAAUGAACAGAAAGCAUUGCAACAUUACUAUCGUCUAGCUUAUAUAAGUAGUCAAGAUGUACGCACUUCUUCAGAAUUAAUACAUACCUCAACAAUAAGUAGUAAUAAUCUAAGCAUGCAGGAUAAUAAAAUACAUGUUAAAAGUAAUAAUCGUUUAAUAAACAGUAAUAAUAAAUCAUUGACUCAUAUGAAUAAAACUACAAAACUACAUCAAGUUACUUCAUUUGAAAAGCCAGUACACCGAUAUAACAAUAAUUCUUUCAGUAUAUUACCCUGUUCAACUAAUUCACCCGGUAUACCAGUUGCGUGUAAACGAAAUCAAGCAUUAGACGUGUCUAAAUUAGGUAAAGUAACAACAAUGAUCAAUCAAGAGAAGAAUUCUGGACAAUAUUCACCAAAGAAAAAUUGUAAAUUAUUGAAUAAACAAAACCAGAAUAGCUUUAGAAAGAAUUCAACAAAUAGACUGAAAGCAAAGUUAAACAAUAACAAUCAAACCGAUAUUCAUGAAUGUAAGUCGCAAAUUGUAAAUCCGAUGAAUAACAGAAAUACAACUACUGCAUGUAAAAGUGAUUUACGUAAUCCUUGUAAAAACAAGUAA